UCUCGGUCGGUGCGCUGAGGUACACAUCUAUUUCAUCUGUUCAUUUGGCGCCGCCUACAUACCUAAUUACCCCAGGCAGAUGGGUAGGAUGGAGGUAUGUAGAUAAAUACCAAGCAGGAUAGUUCAAAACAGAGUUUAGAUCACAUCGUGGAUAUUAGGAUUAAUUCAAUGUUGGACAUCUGUUCCCAUUCUGCGGAGGGCCCGAGAUCUUGGCGCGUCUACAUAACAUGUACUCCACCAACAGUCAUAUUUCUUCAGGCAACAACAAGACAAAGACAAGCAUUACUAGUCAUUCCUCUCUACAUGCUCUACAUAACUCCCUCGCAACACCUCAUAGUAAAAAAUGACCAAACGCCGCAGCCCAUUCGACCUCCACCUCGAAGACGAAACAAUCGACCUACCUAACGGCGACAGAUGGAAACUAGGAAAGAGAAUAGCCCAAGCUGCAUACGAUCGCGACAGUCCUUAUCACGAGAUUCGCCAAAUUUACGACUGUGUGCAGGUCACUCCCGAUACUGGCCACGAAGCUGUUCUCAAAAUUCGCGCUCAAAUGUCAGCAGAUAGGCUCGUCCACCCCGAUCCCGCCACUCGCGCAAUAGAAGCAGAUCCAAGACGCUCCCCCAUGGCUGUAACCGAAUGUUGUGCUCUGGACCAGUUAUAUGAGAAGAACUGUGCUUCCACAGCGCGUCUGAUAUACUGGUGUUGUGGCACGCAGACAGAAAACCUGUGGGUUCCUAACGGGUGUAUCACUUUUAUAUUUAUGGAGAGGCUGUCGGGGACUGAUAUCUGUGACUUUUGGGCAUUUGAGCGCGGAGAACGAGAUCGGGUACGAGGGGCUUUCAAGGAGGCUUUUUUAGACCUCAUCCGCUGUGGCAUCCACCACGGAGACCCCGGCUUUCGGAAUAUAAUCUGGGAUAGCGAAAAGGGGAAAUGCUAUUUGAUCGACUUCGAUAAUUGCUACUUUGUUUCAGAAGAGAGUGCGAAGGAUUUCUACUUCGGGAGCAAAUAUACGUCUAUCUUUUACGAGUGGGGGCUAGAUAAUCGUGAGAUGGAUGAGACGGAUUAACUCAGGUAGGUAUUGGGCUAUCUAUAAGAGAAGUCUACUUGAGUCUAGCGGUAAUUUAUUGACUACAUUUUUCAUGGCUUGCAAUUAGAUGUUACUAUUUUUUCCAGCUACCGUCCCUGAGGUAGAUGCCUAGGUAAGACAUCCAACGAUUGAUAGCACUAUAUAUCUAGAGGCAAAACCAGACAUAUCGUCAAGAACCAAAGCAUUGG